CUUUACAAGUGGCAAGGAACACGAAGAGUGAAGACACAGGAGAAGCCCAGGAGCGCCCCGUGAGAGGACAUGCAGGCACAGUGUGUUUCUCUCUGCCUCCUGGGUGCGAUGCUCUUUCUGUGCUCAGCGCAUGCCCGAGGUCUCAGGAGAUGUCUCAUUUCCAUGGACAUGCGCCGUAUAGAGGAGAGUUUCCGAGGGAUCAAAAACGCCAUUCAAGCUAAGGACACCUUCCAAAAUGUCACCAUCCUGUCCACGUCGGAGACCCUGCACAGCAUGAAGCCCUUAGAUGUGUGCUGCGUGACCAAGAACCUCCUGGCGUUUUACGUGGACAGGGUAUUCAAGGACCAUCAGGAGCUGAGCCCCCAAAUCUUGAGAAAAAUCAGCAGCAUCGCCAACUCUUUCCUCUACAUGCAGAAGACUCUGCAACAAUGUCAGGAGCAGAGGUUGUGUCACUGCAGUCAGGAGGCCACCAAUGCAACCAGAAUCAUCCACGACAACUACGAUCAGUUGGAGGUCCGGUCUGCUGCCAUUAAGUCUCUGGGAGAGCUUGAUGUCUUCCUAGCCUGGAUUGACAAGAAUCAUCAAGGAACUUCUGCAGCCUCAAGACAAGAAACCUAAGUGUGGUGGAUGAACAGCCCCUGAGAGGUUUCCAGUGGGAGACAGCCAACUUUGAAGGUGAGGGAGAUGGGGAAGGCUCCAUUUUUAUGCAAAUUAGGUCUUUUUGAGGAAACCUUCCUGCCCAUUUGGAAUUCUUUUCUCUGGGGCUGAGGUACUGUAGGGGAAAAAUCUAGGUUUGAGCACGUCUUACC